GCGUUCGGGGUGAAGAGAACGGCACCUGAGGCGUGCGCUUCACUGCUAUUUUCGUCGAUAUUAAUGUCCAAGGCGCUAUAAUAACAUAAUAUCGGCUUUUAACGAAUCUUAAUUUUCACAUCGAGUGUUUCAGUUUUCUCCGUUUGACGGUGCUCUCUCCCUUUCACGCACCUGACGGACGCGGGACGGUCGCCGUCGAUUCCGCCGCCGGCAGCUUAGGCUUCACUACGCUUCUCUUCGUUCUGCCUGGCUUCAUAGGUUAAGCACUUUGUGUCACCUCAUCGUGUUAGACAACAUUGUCUGCUUCUGCUGUUCGUGGUGCAGAAAGGCGAGGAUAAUAUGAAAUUUACAUGCUUGAGCCAGGGCAGUGGUUUCCAUUUCCCGCCAUGUCACAUGGUUCAUAUUUGUGGCCUCCAAAUCCUAUUGGAAUGCCCCCUUGAUCUCUCUGCUAUGAGGGUCUUUUCUCCAAUUCCUACAAUUUCCUAUCGGAAGAAUCCACAUAAAAAUUUGUCAGACCAUCUGGGAUCAGGCAGAAUUGAUGCAGAGGGAAGUGAUGGAACUGGCAGUGUCUUUGAUGCUGGGGACUUGAUCAUGGCUGAACCCUGGUACAAGAUGGUUCCGUUGCAUCUGUGGGAUGUCUCCAUGAUUGACGUUGUCUUGAUAUCGACUCCUGCUGGAAUGCUUGGUUUACCCUUCCUUACUAAUGAUAAGAGGUUCAAUGCUAAGAUAUAUGCGACGGAACCAGUACUGAAACUUGGUCAGCUGAUGAUGGAUGAGCUUGUUCAGAUGCAUGAAGAGUUUAUUCAAUGCUAUGGACCAUCAAAUUCUCGUUUGGCUCAAUGGAUGAGUUUGGAGGAACUUAACAAGCUGCCGACACAAUUGAGUGAUGUUAUAAUGGGAGAAGAUUUUAGAGAUUUGGCAAAUUGGCGUCCUUUAUAUGGUGCAGAAGAUGUAAAAGAAUGCUGUCGAAGAGUGAAGGCACUCAAAUACGCUGAAGAGGCUUGCUAUGAUGAGACAUUAAUAAUAAAGCCAUUGAGUUCGGGGUUAGAUAUUGGUGCUUCAAAUUGGAGUAUCAGAGGGCCAGAUAGAAAUUUUACAUAUUUGUGUGGAUCUAUCUUUGGAUCUGGUCAUGCCAAGGAUUUUGAUUAUCAUUCCCUUCGAGGGAAUGAUUUAAUCCUGUUUUCUGAUUUCUCAUCCUUAUGUUCUGCAAGUGAUGCUGUAAGUGGUGCCGAAUCUUCUAAUGCUUCAACUCACAGGCUUGAUGAUAAUACCUGCAGCGACUCUCUUGACUACUUAUUUGACACAAACGAGGGAUCAAAAGAAAUGGAUAAGCUUUCGUUCAUAUGCUCAUGUGCCAUUGGAUCACUUCAAUCAGGUGGCUCUGUGUUGAUAUCAAUUGGACGAGUAGGUGUUCUCCUUCAGCUUAUUGAGCAGAUGCAGCUAUAUUUGGAGUCGUCUGGUAUAAAGGCUUCAGUAUUUAUAGUCUCAGCUAUAGCAGAGGAAAUGUUGGCUUUUACAAAUAUCAUCCCAGAAUGGCUUUGUACUGAGCGGCAACAGAAGCUGUAUAAUGGUGAGGCAUUGUUUGGUCACGUGGAGCUUGUAAAAGGGAAGAGGAUUCAUCUACUUCCUUCAGUUCAUUCACCAGAUUUGCCACAUGUGUGGAAAGAACCAUGCAUAGUAUUCUCCUCUCACUGGAACCUCCGAAUUGGCCCUGUUGUUCACCUCCUUCGUCGUUGGCGUGAAAAGGAGAACUGUCUGCUCGUUCUAGAGGAAACACAUGAUGCUGGUAUGGCUCUGUUACCUUACAAGCCAAUUGCAAUGAGGGUUCUCCAAUGUUCUUUUCUCUCGGGAAUAAGGUCAGAGAAGAUUCAUCAAUUACUAUCGAAGCUGCAUCCCAAACUUGUAUUGUUCCCUGAAUGUCUACAACCAUGUUCUACAACUAAAGGCGAAGGAACACCUUUGUAUAUGUAUUAUUCGGAGCAGAAUACACUCAAAGUUCCAUGUUUGAGAGAGAACUUUGAGGCUGACUUGGCAACUGAUCUUGCCUUCCAGCUUCAACCUAGAAGAUUAAGGCAUGAAAACAUUGCUGUAGCUAGGCUGGAGGGAGGCCUUGUAUUAGAGGAAGGAAGAUAUUCCAUCCUUCCUUUAGGCAUAUCUGUCAGGUCUAGUGAGAAUCUGCCUCUGCAUUGGUCUACUAUUGAUCCAAAUCUUCUGGUGGCAGCUCUGAAAGAGAAGGGCAUAAGCUGUAGCAUUGAGGGCAGUGAUGGACUGGACUGCUUAGCUGUUGUGCAUGUAUAUGAACCCCAAAAUGCUUCGAUCCAAAUAAGCAAUAAUCAGACUCUUAUCUGUACCAAUGAUGAAAUGCUUAGAACUAUCAUAUAUGAAUCUAUUAGCUGUGUCUUGGACUCGAUAUGAUGCAUACUGACACCUCACCAUUCUUUGAUUGGGCCAUUAUCAGACAGUGGCAUGCUGUCAGACGGAAGGGAAAAAGAUUUCAGAUGCUUGGACCGUUCCUCAAAAGUCCAACAGCGGAGUCCAGUCACUACUCUUGGCCUUGAUGAUGGAAGUAUUGAUUGCUUUGGAACCUCAAGGACUGGUGCUUGCUAGUCAUUUUCAGAGCUCGUGAGGAACUUAUAAGUCUAUUCUGAGAUAAGCACUGCACGCUAACUUGUUGCUUUUAGGCAGCCUGGAACUUUAUGAUAGAAAGUGAUAUUAAUUGCUUUGGAACCUCAAGGACUGGUGCUUGCUAGUCAUUUUCAGAGCUCGUGAGGAACUUAUAAGUCUAUUCUGAGAUAAGCACAACACGCUAACUUGUUGCUUUUAGGCAGCCUGGAACUUUUAUGAUAGAAAGUGAUAUUAAUUGCUUUGGAACCUCAAGGACUGGUGCUUGCUAGGCAUUUUCAGAGCUCUUGAGGAACUUAUAAGUCUAUUCUGAGAUAAGCACUGCACGCUAACUUGUUGCUUUUAGGAAGCCUGGAACUUUAAUGAUAGAAAGUGAUUGAACAACAAAACUUGUCGUUCAUUGCUUGGUGGAAUGGUAGAAGUGCACUAGCUUUCCAAAGAUGCUGUUUCUGGUCCUGGGGCACCUAUUCCUCUUGACAAUGCAGAAGCUAGUCUCACUUCAGUUUACCACUUGCCGGAGUCCUGGACAAUGUGCUUGAAUGAGGUGGGGGCCAUUUAGUCACUGUCAAAUAUCUUUGUAUUCUAUUUUGCUAUUUAUUUUGGUUGAAAACAAGCCAUCUUUUGUUUGAUGGUUGUUUCUGCAUGUGAAAUGUCCAAAGAUUGUACAUUCAUUAAUGGAUCACUGGAGAGAAGAGUGGUUGGAUCUUGGUGAUUAUUGUA